AUGUUCAACCCCGCAGAAGAAAAGUUUUACACACCAUGUCUCAACUUCAGGGGCUGCAACUGCCGUGUUGGCCGCAACCGAGCCUGCCUGUUUUUUUGGUCCUCCCUGGUGCUGCUGCUGGUUGUUGUCACUCUGAAAGCUUUGCAGUAUCACCAAGGUGACGUAACAGAAAUUCCCAGGGAGUUAACUGACUUCAAGCAGGAGGGCUUUACCCUCAUUAUCCAAACGUACAAGCGAGAUGAUAUCCUCCUGAAGGUCCUGGAACGUUGCCUGGCUGUGCCUCAGCUCCAGAAGAUCCUCAUAGUGUGGAACAAUGUUGAGGAACGCCCCACCCAGAAAUUACUGGAGUCCUUGGCACGUCACAGUACUCCUAUUGUCAUUUUGGAGCAAAAGAUCAACAGUAUGCAAAACAGAUUGCAACCCUUUUCUGAAAUUCACACUGAUGCUGUGUUGAUGUUGGAUGAUGACAUUCUUCUCAGCGCUUCUGACAUCAGUUUUGCUUUCACCAUUUGGAAGCUAUAUCCGGACCAAAUUGUUGGCUUUGUACCCCGGAAACACGUCGAGACCUCUCCUGGGGUGUACAACUACGAUGGCAUCGGGCUGCCGGAUUCGAAAAAAGUAGGAGGAGACAAAUAUUCCAUGGUGUUGAUCAGCGCCGCAUUCUUCCACUGUCGCUACCUACAGUUGUACAAGGACCAGCCGAAAGCGCUGCACAGUCUGGUAGACGACACCCACAACUGUGACGACAUCGCCAUGAACUUCGUUGUGGCUCUGCACCUGCACAAAGUCUGGGCUGGCGCUAGGCCCGCGGGUGUUUUCGUCAAACCUGUGGACAUGGUCAACCUGGAGAAGCAAGCCGACAGCGGCUUCAAGGGAUUAUGGCAGCGCCCAGAACACUUCAAACAGAGGUCCUACUGUCUCAACCAACUAACUAAAAUUUAUGGUUUCAUGCCAUUGCAGUUCUCUGACAUCAUGGUGACGCGGUUUCGCAAGAGUUGA